UUCAAGGACCAUUAACAUUGUUAGAAAACCGGGAGUGAUUUCCUUUUAAGUUGAGAAAAAAAUUAACAAAUAUAUCAAUAAAUAUAAGAUUUUUUAAAAUAUUAAAACAAAAAUUAAAAUUGACAUAUCGCUUUGUAAUUCGUUUGAGUUAAAAUAAAAAUAAAUGAUGGUAAACCAAACAAGGCAAACUAAAAAAAUAAAGAAAACCACAAAGUUGUCUUCAAUGUCACAUUACAUGAAUCUGCUUUUGGUGAAACUUUUAGUAAUGGCGUUUCUAAGUGCCAACUUGGGAGCUGCUGCUUACGCCGAAUCCAAGGAGUUUUUUGAAGAUGAAAGUCCACUUGAAGAUGUUGAUAAAUACUUAAACGAUCCAAGUACAUCAAAUACAAUGGAAAAAUUAAAACGUUCUUGGAAAUCUCUGCAAGGUUCUUGGGGGAAACGAAAUGAUGAGGGAUCAAUUGCAGAAUAUUAUGAUAGUGAGCAGCCUGAAUGGAAUUUGAUUAAACCAAGUGAGAAUAGUAAUGAAAACGAUUCAGAAGCAUCAGAUUCAGAACCUAAGGCUUUGAAGUAUUAUGUUAUGUAUGCCAGCAGUCCUAAUGUACUUGCUACUACUGUUGGCGCAGCAGCAGCUUCGACAAAUAAUCUUAAAGAUUUAGCAGCUAUGGAUUCAUCAGAUUCAAAUUUUGAGAAGAAAAGCUGGAAAAAUAUGAAUGUAGCUUGGGGCAAACGGCGUUCGGCGGUAUGGAAUAAAUUUAGAGGAGCAUGGGGGAAAAGGGAACCCGCUUGGAAUAAUCUUAAAGGAAUGUGGGGAAAACGAUCACCAAAAGAUUGGAAGAAGCUACAAUCGGCUUGGGGCAAACGCAGUCAAAGGCAAAACAGAAAGUAAAGCAAUUUAUAAAAACGAACCAACAAAACAGUUCUAUAAUAAAUAAUACAAAAAAAAACUAAAGUAAACCGAUGUUAAAUGAUCAGACAUUUAGUUUUUGUUUGUAUUUGCGUGUAAUUUUUAAUUUAUAAAUAUAAUAAUAUGAUAAAAUUAAUGUUUGACUUGUUGAAAUAAAAAAAAGAACUUAAAUCCAAACAAAACAAUAAAAUGUAUAAGAAUUAAAUUAAUAUGUAUUUAAGCUGAAGACAAAAUUAAA